UUGCUCCGUCCUUAUCUUCAGAUGCCCAACCCCCCAGAUCUGGGAGCUGUGCCUGAGCAGUCAGUUUGCCAAUGAAUCACAGAAGCAGUAUGGAUUUAUUCCUAGAAGUUGCCUAUCACCAGCGGACCUCCAAAAGGGAGACUCUGCCUUUCCCCUAAGGGAACUCACUUUGAGUGGGCCUGCAAGAGCCACACUAGUGAAAACACUAGGGAUCUGCUGAGGGUUGGAAUAUUCUCCCUGCUCAGAGAGGAUCAGUGAGCCGCCUGCUCCACACAGCUGGCCGGUGCAGAAGGUAGGGUUUUGCUUCAGUCUAGUGCCCCACACAUGCCACUUGGAGAAGGGAGAGCAGGGACCUGGUAGUGAGUCACUGUGCCGGGCCUCCUUGAUGCAGUGGGGGAGCAGUUCACCCAGAGAACCUCUGGAGUUUUCUCGGGGCAAAGGCAAAGAGGAGGAUGUGGAGUCUGGACCCCACUUUCCUUGCACCUCCAGGACUCUAGACAAGUAGCCUGUUCGUUGUCGCCGUGACAUUCAUAGCACUGGCGAGGGGCCCCGUCCCAGGGGAUUCCCAGGUCCCGCAGGUGACUCCUCAGGCUUGCGUGACCUCAUAGGCAAAACUCGCUCGGCCCUCCCCGGGGGGCGGGGUUCUAAGCACCCUGGCUCGACCCGGGCCCCCGAAGGUCGCUGAGUCUUGCCCCUCUCCGGCCUGGGACGCGCCAUGGGACAACUGAUCGCCAAGUUGAUGGGCAUCUUCGGGAACCAGGAGCACAAGGUUAUCAUCGUGGGACUGGACAAUGCCGGAAAGACCACCAUUCUCUACCAGUUGGGAGGGCUCGUUUUGAGUCUGGCUGAGCUCUGUAGCUCCCGAUGUUCACUCUCUGGAUGGCAUCUCUCCCCCUUUGGAACCUCCAGAGUAUUUACGUAGGAAAAUUUUCCCCUGAAAAAGAAAUAUAUGUAAAUGUUUAUUUUAAACCAGAAGAGUACAUCGAACAUUACAAGCACAUACAGUGAAAACCUGAUGAAUGAGGUGGUCCACACAUCUCCCACCAUCGGUAGCAACGUGGAGGAGAUCGUUCUGCGAAAGACACACUUCCUCGUGUGGGACAUAGGGGGGCAGGAGGCUCUGCGCUCUACCUGGAAUACCUAUUACUCCAACACCGAGUUCAUCAUCCUUGUGAUUGACAGCACGGACCGGGACCGGCUGCCGACCACUCGGGAGGAGCUGUAUAAGAUGCUGGCCCAUGAGGCUCUGCGAGAUGCUUCUGUCCUGAUCUUUGCCAACAAGCAGGAUAUGAAGAACUCCAUGACCACCAUGGAGAUCUCUCAGUUCCUCACUCUGAGCACCAUCAAGGACCACCCGUGGCACAUCCAGGGCUGCUGUGCCCUCACCGGGGAAGGGCUGCCCGCGGGGCUCCAGUGGAUGCAAUCUCAGGCCACUGCCAACUGAUGCCCCGACCUGAGGCCAACCAAAGACUCCGGGGGGUUUUGCUUGGACUACAUGGGUGGAAAGCCCAAGUGACGAUUACUUUUCUACGAUUCUCUGAUGGGAGCUGGGUCAGCUCUGGACAGUGAGAUCGCCACAGUCCACCCAACCCAGCCCCGCCACCGAGGGGCUAGACUGCCCGCCCUGACCUGCUGCAGACAGGCAGGACAGCAGAAGAGCUGCCCUUCACUCCAGGGAAGCAGGUGUCCUCGGAGGCACAGGCGAGCCGUUGGACAUGUGAGGGAUUGGGAAGUGGAGCCCCAUCCCCUCAGCCCGCAACCUCUUUGAGGGAAAAGAAUGGGGGACGGAGCAAGAGACCCCCUGGAAUUGCUCUUUAUUUCCUAGAACCCCACCCCCUAUCCGUGGAUUCCCGCCCCAGCUUUCUGGCCCUUUAGCCAUCUUUGAGCAAAGGAGAUUCCAGAAAGGUGAAGGGGCAGGCUCAGGGCAAGGAGGACAGAGCCAAAAACUGGUGGGAAGGGAGAGGAAGAAGGACGGGACAUCCCGGAUGGGGACACGCCUUGCACCUCGGGGAGUUCCGCUCCUCCCGUGCCUUUCAUUUCCCUCUGGGAUGCUGGCUCUGACCACAGCUUCUGAGCGUUAAGCCAUCCCAUCCUAUGCCCUCCGCUCCUUCCAGUGUGAAUCCCACUCCUCCCACAUGUCUCCAGUUCCUACAGCGUGCCCAUCUCGACUAUCUUUUGUCAUGAUUUUGUCACUGUUUUAGAAUUUUUAUAAAAGUAUAAUAAAUGCCAUUGAAA